AUGUUACACGCGGACGUGCUUUUACCCACUGAGCGAAGCCGCCUGGUGCGGUCCGCUCGGAAACUGCAAGCUCUGCUGGGGGUGACGCCUGAGGUCAUCACCGCUGCGAUGUCUGAGAACAACAGCACGCAGCACCAUCUCAGUCCCACUUCUUCCGAGGCCGGGUCCUCUUCUCCGCGAGCCCCAAUCGUCUCGCCUGACACUCUUUCUUCGACCUCUUCCAGCAGCUCGAAGCGGCUGAACGCCACGGCUGGUCGUCCGAGGCUCUACUUGCACCUUGAUGCAGCACCAGCCAGCUCUACCACCCAUCUGUCUGCUCCAUCGCCCCCGCUGACGCCUGUGUCGCCCACCCUCACCAUCACGCUGAACAUCCUCUCACCCGCCCCUCCUGCCACCCCCGGGAACGCGGCCGCGAUGGCGCGCAGACGGCACGCGCAGAAGCUGGCGCGCACACUGGGCGAGAACGUCGCACCGGCGCUGGCAUCGGGCCCGGAGCUCGACGCCACACCGAGUCUCCGCCGCUCGCGCAGUGCGCUCCUGAAACACAACGCAGGCUGGGGCCGGCCUCGGAGUCGUGCAGAGGACAGCGAGAAGUCACUCCCGAAACUGGCCCGGUCGCGGUCGUUCGUCGGCCGUGUCAUGGUUCCUCUGUCCCCGAUGCACGAUCUGCCCAUUCGCGCCGUGGAUCUUCUGGCGCGCGGGGACGCACAGCGGCUGCACUGCGCGCUGCAGACGGGUAGACGCAGGAAGGAGCGGGAGUGGAGCGGGGAGUGGAACACUGAGAUGCGGACGGUCGCACAGCAGCUGCGAACGCUCAAGUUUGAGAUGUAG